UUUCUUAUAUGAGAAUUGUUCAAUCACAGCCCUACAAUACAAUCGACUGGUUCUUCAAGAUGCAGAUGUCCGUAACCCAACGUCUUAUCCACUUACAUGUAGACGAAACAAAAAGCCAUAACCAACUACCUCGUCGGUAAAGCAUGACCACCGCCACCACCUCCGCCACCGCCACCGUGCUGCCGUAUGACCUCCCAUCCAACAAUCUCAACGAAGCAAUCACCCAAAAAUCAUUACUAAAUCUCCUAACCACCAAAUGCACCACAUCUCUCCAACAUCUCAAACAAACCCAUGCUCUAAUCCUCAAAACCAAUCACUUUCAAGAUCAUUACGUUUCUGGUGCUCUAAUCAAAUGCUACUCAUAUCCAUACUUCAACACUUUUGAUUCCUCUCUUCAAGUGUUUCAUCAAGUUCCCAACCCCAAUGUUUUCGUGUGGAACUCGGUCAUCAAAGCGUGCUUCGACAACAACAACCCCAGUUUGGCUCUGUUGUUUUAUUUGAAAAUGGUGGUUUCGGAUUCAAAGCCGAACAAAUUCACGUAUCCUAUACUGUUUAAAGCUUGUAUGGCUGUGAAAUCUGUUGAAGAAGGUGGUCAGAUUCAUUGUCAUGUGGUGAAAAAUGGGUUUAUGGAAGAUGGGUAUGUGAAAAGCGCUGGAAUUCAGAUGUAUUCGUCGUUUGAACGUUUAACUGAAGCUCGGAUGAUACUUGAUUACAGCGAAUCAGAUGUUAUCUGUUUUAACGCUAUGAUUGACGGGUACUUGAAAUGUGGAGAGAUUGAAUCCGCCAUUGUUUUGUUUAAUUCCACUGUGAAAAAGAACGUUGGUUCUUGGAACGCAAUGGUUUCUGGUUUAGCAAAAUGUGGUAUGGUAGAAGCUGCUCGAAAGAUGUUCGAUGAGAUGCCUGAGAGAGAUGAGAUUUCAUGGAGUGCUAUGAUUGAUGGGUAUAACAAAAACGGGUGUUUCAAGGAAUCAUUGGAGGUUUUCCGAAUGAUGCAAAAGGCGAAAAUUAAGCCGAAAAAGUUUGUUCUUUCGAGUGUGGCUUUAGCUUGUGCAAAUGUAGGUUCACUUGAUCAAGGGAAAUGGAUCCAUGGCUACGCUAGGCGAAAUUAUAUCGAAUUAGAUGCGGUUUUAGGGACUGCGUUCAUCGAUAUGUAUGCGAAAUUAGGACGCCUUGAUUUAUCAUGGGAUGUUUUCGAGACAAUGAAAACUAAAGAAAUAUCUUCAUGGAACGCCAUGAUCAGAGGACUCGCGAUGCAUGGUAGGGCAAACGAUGCUAUCGAUAUUUUCUCACGAAUGAAGAAAGAACGGUUAAAGCCCGAUAAAAUCACAUUUGUCGGAUUACUAAACGCGUGUGCUCAUGGAGGGUUAGACGAUGUGGGCUUGCAAUAUUUCAACCAAAUGGAAGAAGUAUUUGGGAUUGAGCCGACGGUUGAGCACUACGGGUGCGUGGUUGACAUGUUAGGUCGAGCCGGACGGUUAACUGAAGCCGAGGAGGUAAUACAUAACAUGCCGAUAACACCGAGCCCUGCAGUUUUCGGUGCGCUUUUGGGCGCUUGUAGGGUUUACGGAGACGUUGACGUCGGCGAACGAAUCGGGAAAAUUUUGAUCGAAAUGGACCCACGAAAUGGUGGUCGGUACGCAUUGUUAUCGAACAUAUACGCGAAAGCUGGGAGAUGGGAGGAUGUUGAGAGACUGCGGGUGUUGAUGAAAGAAAAUGGUGUGAAAACAACUACCGGGAAAAGUACAAUUGAUUUGGACGGUGUUGUUCAUGAGUUUAAAAUUGGGGAAUCGGAUCACCCGAAAACACGAGAGAUUUAUGCGAUGGUGGAUGAGAUGAUUGUGAAAUUAGGGGUAGAAGGUUAUGUCCCUAAAACGAGUGAGGUGUUGUUUGAUAUUGAUGAGGAUGAAAAGGAAACUACGCUAUGGCGGCAUAGUGAAAAGCUUGCUAUAGCGUUUGGUUUGAUUAGCACAAAGCCAGGAUCACCGAUUAGGGUAACGAAAAAUUUAAGGAUGUGCGAGGAUUGUCAUUCGGCUAUUAAGAUUGUUUCGAGGGUAUAUGAGAGAGAUGUAGUUGUUAGGGAUCGUUUACGGUUUCAUCAUUUUAGAAAUGGGAAGUGUUCUUGCAAGGAUUUUUGGUGAUGAGUUGAUGGCGGUGUAUCGAGACUUAUUAGGGUUUUGUGGUCUUUUUUUUUAUUUUUUAUUUAAAUAGUGCAGUAAAGUUAAAUUUUAUAAAUGAUAAUGAAAAAUUAUGCACAAACAUUGUGUGGAAGAGUCCUUAAGUGGAUAUAAACACAACAUAUGGAAAUUGAGUAUUUAUUAUUGUUAUUGUAAUGUGGGGAUGUGUCAAGUGGAAAUACCACAUAGAAGCAAAUCAUGUUAAUAUAGUUGUUUCUUCAA